AGCGACGACAGUGGAGUGCAUGUAAACAACAUGGUUGCUUAUUUAAAUUUUUCCGGCGAAUUGUGAAUGUAAUACUCUGUAACCAAUGGAAGAUUAUGUAGAAUAUUUGUGGCGUUCAGCGGACAGUCUUCCACAGACAGGCACGGAAAAUACGAAAGUUCGCUCAUAUUUAUUAUCUCUUUGCAAGGAAAUUUUAGCAAAGGAAGGUCUUGAACCACCAAGCAAAUUCUUUGGUGGAUAUACAAUAUGUAAAUUUUGUUUAAAUCAUUGGAAAUCAGGACGAUUUACAGUUAGAAUUCUUCCUAGGGUAGUUCCUGGUAAACGAAUGAAGAAAAUAAUUCGAAAAAAGCUCUCAGAUACAAUAUCUCUGAACAAGCAUGAGCUGCGUCUCUUUGAAAGAUAUGAAAAGAGCAACACCAAUAAAUUGAUUAUCACGUGCCUUGAAUGCCACAAGAAGACAAUAAUUUCUUCCAAGAAGCCAUUCACCAAUUUGUACAAAGCUAAAGAAUCGGAAUCAGCCCCUGAAUAUAAUGAAACACAGACACCAAGCAAGAAGAAAAAGAAAAAGAAACGUGAUCCAUUUGCUGGGCUAAAACCCUCUGUUUGCACCCCUCUUUCCACCAAAAUUAAGAACAGUCCAGUAGGAAUUUCUAGUCCUGCGCGGAAAAUAAAUUCGAAAAGUUCAACUGCUGGAAGUGUUUCUGUGAGACAAAAGAGUACUCCUCUUAGUACCAAGACUGGUUACAAGAGUAGAAUAAAGAACACAAAUACUCUGCAAAAACUUCUAGCAAAUAGCUCUAAAAAGCAAAAAGUGUCUUCACUGAAAGUGUUCCUGGACUCUGUGACCUGACUGGCUGUUUUGCCUCUGUGUAUAAAAUAUAAAUAUUGAGAGUAUUCUUUACAUAUUCCGUUAUUGUUGGGUAUUGAAAAUCCUUCACAAAUUUCUGAAAUAUUGUAAAUACUGCUAAAGAAAAUUCUAGUUACAUUGCAGAAGAUAAGCUUGAAUGGCUCAGUAUACACAAUGACAGCUAAGAUUAGUAUUAUAUCUUCACUUUAUGAAGUGUUACGGUGCGUAGGCUGAUAGGAGUCACUGCAUCAAUAAAAAUCAAAAGGCUGUAAAUGAC